ACCAAAGCAUUUGCAGUACGUUUAGGGAGAGAAAUGUCAAAAAUCUGGCUUCGCCAUGGCUACAGCAAGAUAGCAAGGAUACUUGGCAGAAAAGACCCAAAGAAGCAAAAAUUUCCUGUAUUGGAAGGUCACCCAGUGGGCCAAGAACAUGCAGAAGAAGCUGCUGAGGCCCAUGACACCAUCCAAAGCAACAUCAAGAAGCUCAUAAAGGAAUUCAGAAUCUACAGGUGGAGCCCUGAUUAUCCCAACAAGAAGCCCCACCUGGAAUCCUACUUUGUCGACCUCUCCAAAUGCGGCCCCAUGGUUUUGGAUGUGUUGCAGAAGAUAAAAGCAGAGGAUGAUUCCAGCUUGAGCUAUAGGAGGUCAUGCAGGGAAGGAAUAUGCGGCUCCUGCGCCAUGAACAUUGAUGGAACCAACACGGUGGCUUGCCUGAAGCCCAUUGACGCCGACACUUCACGACCCACGAUUAUAACCCCUCUGCCUCACAUGUUUGUGAUCAAAGAUCUGGUCGUCGACCUCACCAAUUUCUACCAUCAGUACAAAUUGAUUGAGCCGUGGCUGAAGGCCACAAAAGCUCCGGAGGACGGGCGGGAAUAUAGGCAAUCGCCGGCGAACAGAAAGAAGCUAGAUGGGUUGUAUGAGUGUAUACUCUGUGCUUGCUGUAGUAGUUCAUGCCCUUCAUACUGGUGGAACCCGGAGGAGUUCCUCGGCCCUGCAACAUUGCUGCAAUCUUAUAGAUGGAUUUCUGACAGCCGGGAUGACUUCGCGGAUGAACGAUUGCAGGCGUUGACGGAAGAUGAGAAGAGAUUAUAUAGAUGCAGGACUAUUCAGAAUUGUACGGCUACCUGCCCCAAAAGCCUCAAUCCUGCAGAGGCCAUUCACAAGAUGAAGACUAGGCAUCUGCUUUCGCUGCCUGUGGAGGAGGUUGAGAGCCUGUAAGGCUAUGAACAUUCGAUGAGAGCGGGAAUUUUCAACAAGUUUUUUUUUUUUUUUUUGGUUUUGGUUUGUUUUUAUUUGCCUUAGCAUUGGUGAAUAAUGUUCCAUCAUGUUUGAUAAAUCAUUGCCUACAUGAGGUUUCAAGAAAUUCAAGAUACCAUGAAUGCUGGAUGAUCUUCAUUGAUGGAACUAUAUAGUUACAGAAU